AUGUCUUCUUCAUCCUCCGCCGCUAUCCCCGCUUACCGACCCAGUAGCUCAACCCCACCAUCGGGUAAGCGAAAGGUUACCAAACCUGCUGGAUCUAGAUCAUCGCAAGAUCCCUUUUACGGACACGAGGAAACGGCAGUGAUGUCUGCUCGAUUCAUCACCUCCCUCUUCCAAUGUCCCAACAUACCUGCCGCUACCGCUCCAGGUGCCCCCACACCCACACUUGCUCACUUCGUCGCCUACGCUUUACAUCGUACACGACUACCUUCGGUUGUCACCUUUGCCGCGUUGAUGCUCCUCUCAAGACUAAAACAGCGAUAUCCUGCUGCUCGAGGAUCAUCGGGCCAUCGAUUGUUCAUCUCCGCUUUCAUGAUCGCUUCCAAAGUUAUUUGUGACGACACCUACUCCAACCAAUCGUGGAGUAUCGUCGCCCAGAAGAUGUUCGCCCUCAAGGAGAUCAACCAGAUGGAAAGGGAGAUGUGCGGUUACUUAGAGUGGAACUUGAACGUAGCUGGUGAUGAGAUUGCCAGCUUUGAAGCUAAGAUCCGAUCAGAACAUGGUCCCAAAGCCAUCGCAAGAGCUUCAUCUGCCUCUUCCUCUUCAGAAGGAUCAGUCAUCGUACCUUCACCUGUUGUGUCUGCUUCUCGAUCUUACCCCACACCCGAGACCACCCCAGAUCCUCAACCUUCAUCAAGACCUAUUCGAGCUGUACCAUCUCCAUACAAAUCAAGAUCAACUUACCAACCUCAAAUACCGACCGCAGCCAGCCAUCAGGCAGCAUUUCCUUCCCCACCAAUUUCACCAGUUACACAUCACUCCUCCCCCCAUCCACCGCAUUUCACCUCUUCCGCAAGCUCUUCACUCCAAUCUUCACCGGCAUCAGAUGACUGUAAGACUCCGUCCCCAGUCACUCUAACCGGCCAUCAUCACCCUCAUCACAAAUCAUCGUCGUCAAAUCGACACCCUACAAAAGGGUUUGAUAUGACUAGAGCUUUCGAAUCGAGGUCGAGAUCACAUGCUGUCAACGUUCACUUAUCAGGUGAACCAAUACAUGUUGGUGGAUGGUAG